UCACUACGCACUACGCACCACGCACCACGCAUUCUCCCCCUCUCCACCAUGUCGAGGGCGCCGCCGACAUCGCCGCGGAUCAAGCGGCGGCGCUUGAGUCAUGACGAGGACAGCGAUUCAGCUGCAGCUGCGGGCCCAUCUCGUUGGCCCGCGCCCGCUACCACGACGCUCGACUCGAAUCUCUCGGACGAAGUUCUCCUCGCCGUGUUUAGCAACCUCGCAGCUAGGGACCUCACACGACUGCAAUCUGUAUCACAAAGGAUCAAUAGACUAGCCCAAGAUCCGCAGCUGUGGAAGAGGCUCUUCUACAACGUCUUUGUUCAGCAACCGCGAUUGCCUACCCUCUCCGGCCUCAGAUCCCUGCUAGCCAAUGACACGACACCAUCGCAGCGGAUACGUGGCUUGCCAUCACGCUACUACAGCGGGCACACGCACGACGUCAAGGGCAAGGCUAGGGCCGUCGAUCAAGAAGAUGUACGUCACGAUGGUCUCGAUUGGCAAUCCCUCUAUCGAGUCAGCGCCAAUUGGCAGUCUGGCAACUUUGCGGUAACGGAAUUGCUCGCCAGGGCAGGCAAAGUAGCCCAGCCAGUCGAACCGUCCACGCCGCGAAGCUCCUUGGCUGGACCAGAUCGACCCCUGACGCUCGUCCAGUCGGCUGCCAACCUCAUCUUCACGGCGUCGAGACAAGAGGGCAGCGAGGCAGUCGUGCGCGUCUAUCGAUGUGAUGCGCAGCAGAGGAGCCCACGUACGCAGCAGGGGAGCCAAGACGUUCAGGAGCCGCACGAUCCUACAAAGAGUCGCCCAAUCGCCGAGCUGCGUUCGCCGCGGCUCAGCAACUCCAAGGCAACCAUCACCGAGCUGCGUGUGGACGUCGCGACUUCGGGUGCCGCGACCUCGAGCGUCGCCAACCUCUUCGUCGCCUACUCAGACUCGACUUGGUCCAUCUUCCGCGUGACGAGCUCCCUUGAUCACCAGGAAGUCGUGCACCUCACGCCGCCAGCCUCAACGACGACGCCUAUUGUCCUCGCGUCGUUCCAUUGGCCCCUCGUCGCAACUUGCACGGCCGAUUUUCACAUCUCAUUAUACCAAUUGGGCGAUUCGCAGCAACCGCACCUCCUCAAGCAGAUGCACAGUCUCACUUGCCACUGGCCAGCAACGAUCUCGUUGGCCCCGUUCCAAGUCGAAGGGCCCAGAUCGAAGCUGGGCAAGCGGAGGCGUUCCUCGACCGAGCAGCAGUCGCAGUCGCGACAGCCCUCCACCUUUCGCCUCACGGUAGCCUAUUGUAGUCCAGCCUAUCCGCAUGGGUGGACGCUGGCUUUACAGGAGAUAGUCCUCGAUUUGCGAAAAGGUGCGGGCGGCUUCGUCUCGAGUCGCUUUGCCACCGCUCCGUCUCAACACGCCGCCUCGCGCUCUCGCGACAACGCCGCACAGCGCUCCGCCGCGCCACCACUCGCGAUCACUUACGACGACCCCUACCUGGUCGUGGGUUCCCAAGACAACCAUCUCGAAGUCUACGAGCUGCGCGGUGACGUCGCGCCCGCACCACUCCGUCUAGCGCAUCGUCGCGUCCUCUACGGUCACAUGGGCAGCGUCCUCAGCGUCGCUCUCGAAGAUGGCCGCUGCGUCAGUGGGUCGAGCGACGGCAGCGUCAUGGUAUGGGCUCUUGCUGAUCGCCCUCGUCUCAACAAGACGCGCAUGGACCACGUCGUGACAUUGCGCAGCGACAAGCAGGCGGGCACAGGUGGAAUACCUACUCUCAGUGACCUCCUGGCUCGCGUCCGCAAGGAAGGCAUGCCUCCCGUACCUCACGCAAUCAAGUGGGUCAGUACCGCCUACGAUCGCGUCCUCUCCGUGUUGGGCAGCGAAGACGAGCAGGUGCAGGUGUGGAGCUUCACGGCGUGACCUCUAGGAUGGGCAGCGGUAACCGUUUCUGAGCGUAGCGCGCACCGGAGAUGUACAUUCAUAUAUCGAAUCUACAAAGAGAGCCGUGCUUAUUGUUUCGUGCGCGACCAUGAGGGCCGAGCGAGGGUGGUUUUGAGUGGUUGGCCGUUAAAGAUGUACGACGUUAGAAGCAGCUCAAACGCAACGACAGCCACAGCGUGCUCGUCGAAGGGGCCCGUUCUCCCUGAGCAUGUUGGAGAUGGAGAAGCCGAGCUGCACCUUGGAGUGCUCUUGGCUGAGCCUCCCCGCGGCGACCUUCUCCUCCCCUACCCUCCCCACCCAGGCCCGAAGCUCGCGACGAUGUUGCUCCAUUUCGGAGAGGUUGA